UGGUAAUUUUUUUAACAAGGGAGACCCAGAGAUACUGAGCGUUUAAGACCACAAGCAAAAGCAACUCUUCCAUCACAGACAUCAAUGGUAUAUCAUCUUAAUGCAACACGAAUUCGUUCGUGGAAAAUGGAUUUGAACUUGAUCCGAUUAUCGGCCCCGUUUACACUGACACACGCCGUUCCGAACAAAUCCCACAAUUCCCAUUUUCGUCUCACUUCUAUCUCUGUGUCGAGGAUGAGCUCUCGGAAGGGGAAGAGGCAAUUCAGUUUCGACCCGGUAAGAGGUAGUGGGACCCGAAGCGAGGCCGCUUUCGACGAGGCAGCUUUCGAGGCCGAGAGGCUCAGUCUCGACGCCAAGGCUCGGGAAACAAUGGCCGAGACUUCGAAGAGAGAGAAUGAAGAUGACCCGAGAGCUUGGAAAUGGGUGAUCCGAAAGAGGAUUUGGGAUUUGAUGGAGGCCCAGAACGUUGCCCAGAACCCCCGACCCGUUCACCACCGGAUUCCCAAUUUCGUGGGCGCUUCAACAGCUGCCCAAAAACUGGGCGAGUUGGAGGAGUUCCGGAUUUCUAACUGUGUGAAGGUUAACCCGGAUUCACCCCAGAAACAAGUCAGGUUUCUCACACUUUCUGGUAGUAAAAUGUUGUUAACUCCUCAGCCGCGGCUAAGGACGGGGUUUUUCUCUGUAGUUGAAUCCCAUAUGUUACCUCCUACUCCUAGAGCCAUCAAUGAGGCCUGCACCUCUGUUGGCGUUGCCAAGCAUGGCCGGCCAAUUGGGCUCGAUGAAAAGAUAAAGGUUGAUCUGAUUGUGAUUGGCUCAGUUGCUGUUGACCCAAGAACAGGUGCUCGACUUGGCAAGGGUGAGGGAUUUGCAGAACUUGAAUAUGGGAUGCUGCGAUACAUGGGAGCCAUUGAUGACUCAACUCCUGUUGUCACAUCUGUUCACGAUUGUCAACUUGUAGAUGAUAUUCCAGUUGAGAAACUGUUGAUCCAUGAUGUUCCUGUGGAUAUCAUAUGUACUCCCACUCAGGUCAUUUAUACCAACACAAGCAUUCCAAAGCCUCAAGGGAUUUACUGGGACAAGUUGUCACCUGAGAAGCUUGGACAAAUUCGAGUACUCAGAGAGCUAAAGCGCAGAAUUGAACAAGAGACUGGACAGAAACUUCCUACUGGUCCAUCUGAGAAACUGCCCCCCACUGCUCAACGGAAGCGCUAACGUAAUUUACAUCUAACUCGAGGAACAGAAGAAGAGAUUAUAAAGAAAGAAUAUAGAGUCCAAUUAAACACGACUCAGUGACCUGUUGGCUUAUGUUUGUGCUGUUUCAGAGCUAUAAGUGAGUCAUCUUCAUUCAAAUUCCAUUGUAUAUACAGUUUGAGGUAUAUUAUUUUUCUCUGAAGAGAAUUCGGUUUGUAAAAGUAUUACUUCUAGGAACAUAAAAAGUGAACAGGCCACCCAUACAAGUUUCUGCGCAUUUUAGUACCUUCAUAUAUUGAGUCUAGAGGAGUAUUGUCACCAACAGAAGGAAUCCUUCUUCCUAGAGGAUAAGUCACCUGUAAUACCUGAUGAUCUCAGCAUACAGGAGAAAGAACUCUGUAAGUGGACAUUUUUUUUUUUAUUGGCACCGGGUGUUCAAGAACAGCA